AUGCCCGUCACCAGUUUUUCGACUCCUGACAAGUAUUCUUACUUGAACGGCUUCGAUUCAUUCCACGAAUCGGAGUCCAUUCAAGGUGCUCUUCCAAUCGGUGCCAAUUCUCCCCAGAAAGUACCCUACGGUCUGUACGCCGAGAAACUCUCCGGCACAGCAUUCACGGCUCCACGUCAUGAAAACAAGCAAACUUGGCUAUACCGGGUUCUUCCUUCAGCAUCACACUCAACAUACAAGCGCUUCAAGGAUGCAGCGCCUUCCCUCAAAGCAAAGCUGAACUAUGUUCCGCAGCAGUUACGAUGGGAUCCUUUCGACAUUGAUGAGAAUGUCGAUUGGGUGCGUGGCUUGAACCGAGUUUCCGGCGCAGGAGAUCCUACUCUCAAGACUGGUAUUGGAAUUUAUAUCUUUUCAGCUGGUCGAGAUAUGGAUGAGAAAACAGCCAUGUAUUCCUCCGACGGAGAAAUGCUUAUCGUUGCGCAACAUGGUGUGUUGGAUAUCCAGACGGAACUGGGACGUUUGCUUGUUCGUCCCAAUGAAAUCGCUGUCAUUCCUCGUGGUAUUCGAUACCGCGUAACACUUCCGUCUGGCCCUGUCAGAGGCUAUAUCCUCGAGCUGUAUCAGGGCCAUUUCCAGUUGCCUGAGCUGGGACCUAUAGGAUCGAAUUGUCUUGCUAAUCCUAGGGAUUUCCAAAUUCCAGUUGCGGAUUUUGAUGAGGAUACCAAGUCCAAGUGGACGAUUCUAAAUAAGUUCAACAAUGAUAUCUUCGUGGCGGAACAGGGACAUACGCCAUUUGAUGUGGUUGCCUGGCAUGGAAAUGUAUCUUUCGACCACCCCGACCCAUCAAUCUACACAGUCCUAACAGGCCCAUCCGACCACCCCGGCACCGCCGUAGCCGACUUCGUCAUCUUCCCACCGCGCUGGCUCGUCCAAGAAGACACCUUCCGGCCACCAUGGUACCAUCGCAACACCAUGUCUGAAUUCAUGGGUUUAAUCUGCGGACAAUACGAUGCCAAGACAGGUGGCGGGUUCCAGCCUGCUGGAGCUAGUCUGCAUAAUGUCAUGACGGCGCAUGGACCGGAUGCUGACACGUUUGAGAAGGCGAGCAAUGCAGAAUUGAAGCCUAUGAAGGUUGGGGAGGGGAGCAAGACUGACUUGACUUCGGAAUCAAUGGAAUCAAUGUCAGCGAUGGGCGAGAAUGAUUCUUGGUUCAAACAGACAUCGAUCAUGGAAGUCACAUCUCCCGCACCGACGGACAAUGAGAAGCAGUUGGGGCACACCAAUCCCAACAGCCAGACUCUGGAGAGUCUUGGCUAUGCGCAGGAAGUAAAACGCAGGUUCUCUCUCAUGGCGAUGGUAGCUACGUGUGUUAACCUGAUGUGCACAUGGGAAGCCCUAUCCAGUACUCUCGCUGCUGGCCUGGUCAGCGGUGGACCUGUGGCUCUUGUGUACGGGUCUAUCGCCGCCUUUGCUGGGUCCAUCUGCGGCGCCAUGUCCCUUGCAGAACUGGCAUCCAGCUUUCCUACAGCCGGUGGACAAUACCACUUUGUCGCCAAAUUGAGCCCACGAGCUACACGACCGUUGACAAGUUGGUUCGCCGGAUACAUUUCAACUCUAGGUUGGAUCUCCCUCGCAGGCAGCGCUCCCUUCCUAGCUGGAACCCAGAUCCAGGGCCUCAUAGUCCUCAACAACCCCGACUACGUCUUCGAACGGUGGCAUGGAACAAUGCUCUUCUGGGCCAUUCUCAUCGGUGCAGCUGCUAUCUGCAUCCUCUGCAGCAACGCCCUCCCUCUCAUCGAAAAACUCACACUGGUCAUCCACGUCGGCUUCUUCUUCAUCAUCAUAGUAACAAUGGCCGUCGUAUCUCCCAGCAAGCACACUGCCGAAUUCGUCUUUACAAAAUUCGAGAAUAAUUCUGGCUGGGAUAACGACGCUGUUGCGUGGAGUAUCGGUCUUCUUAGCUCGUGCUACGUUCUUAUCGGGUACGAUGGAGCGACUCAUCUAAGUGAGGAAAUGGAUAAGGCCGAGACUGGUGUUCCAAGAGCUAUGGUCGGUUCUAUUCUCAUAAAUUGGCCACUUGGCCUUGCGUUUCUUCUUGUCGUCUUGUUUUUCAUGGGCGAUGUUAAUUCCGCGUUGAACACACCUACGGGCUUUCCUAUCAUUCAGAUCUUUUAUAACAUGACGGGAAGUGUUACAGCGGCUACUUGCUUGGCUGGUGCUAUUACUGCUAUGGCGGCUUUGUCGACUGUCCCACUUAUCACGUCGGCAGCUCGUAUUAUGUGGGCUUUUGCCAGAGAUGGAGGACUACCCUUUUCGCAAUACAUCGCCAAGGUUGACAAACGGCGCGAGAUUCCUACUAUUUCCAUCAUGGUCGUCACAUUCCUUCUCAUUCUACUUGGUCUCAUCAACAUCGGCUCUACAACAGCCUUCAACGCGAUCCUCUCGCUCGCCGUCGUCAGUCUGCAGAUCUCGUACCUCGUGCCUAUCAUUCUCCUGAUAUGGCGUCGUUUCUGUCGACCCGAGACAUUGACUUGGGGACCGUGGCGUUUGGGCAAGGCUGGUCUUUACAUCAACGUUGUGGCGGUCAUCUACUUGACUUUCACUUCCAUCUUCCUCCUCUUUCCUCCUUAUAGACCUGUUACUGCGGCAAACAUGAAUUAUGCUUCGGUGGUUCUCGGUGGAGCGCUUUUGUUCGGUUGUGUUUAUUGGCCGUUCAAGGCGAGGAGGCGAUACAUCGGGCCUUUGACUGGCACCGAAGUACUGGAAGGGAGGCUCAACUAG